CAAAAAGCCGCCGCAAGCUCAUCUCUCAGCCAAACCUCACGAGCCGGUGACUCACGCGCUGGGAGGGCUCCUCCACGGAAGGAUUAUAAACGAUCGCAAGAGUCGGAGUCGCUCUUUUUUGAGAACGUUCUUUCUUUUUGCCUUGUUCUCGCCGUUCCUUCCGACAAAGUUCCACGUGUUCGCGCGAGUCAGCCCUUGGUUUAUCUCGAUCGAAGUAGCAGCAUCAAACGCCAAAAAGAGACCGGAUAACAUCAGCAGCGGCAGCAGGGGGUCAUCCCCGCAUUCGUCCAGACACCAUUGCCGGUAUAGCGUCCUUUAUGCCCGCUGAACUGGGCCAUUGGCCACCGAAGAAGACACCAAGGACGACAAGAGAGAGAGAGAGGGAGCGAUUCUUCCCCAGCGCGACGGACUCCGGCGAAACCACCGAAUCAUUUCUCUUCCUCAUCCAGCCGUCAGACGACGCCAUGUCGCUACGACGUAUCCUCGUAGUCAGCCUCGGCAACCCGGGCGAGCUGCGCAACACGUACCACUCGGCGGGCCACAUGGUGCUGGAGGCGCUGCAGAGGACGCUCGGGCGGGAGCAGCCGCCGUUCGCGCCGGCGCGGAUCGGCAAGGCGAGCGCGCUGGCGUCGAUCGGGGCGCGCUACUCGCUGCUGCAGAGCCCCGCCGUCAUGAACGUGUCCGGGCCGUGGGUCGCCCGGGCGUACCGGGAGCACCUGAGCGAGCGGGGGCUGGCGCCGUCCGAGGUCGGGUUCGUGCUCGUGCACGACGACCUCGAGGAGGAGCUGGGCGUGGUCAAGAUCCGGGACUGGAAGCGGAGCCACCGCGGACACAACGGCAUCAAGAGCGUCAACGGAGCCCUCCAGGCCGACCCGGCCGGCAAGUGGGCGCGCGUCUCGAUCGGCAUCGGCAGGCCGGACGCCCGGGACAAGAGGUCCGUGUCGGACUUUGUGCUGAGCAAGGUGCCCCGGCACGAGCGCGGCGUCCUGGAGGGGAGCGGCAGCCGGGGUUUAUUCGACGCGCUGGCCGAGCUGGAGAGGAAGUGGGGUGGGACCAACUCCAGGUUGUAGGCAUUUGGGUUGGAAUGAAUGUUCCAAUACGUGUUUGUUCCUGUGAUACCCCUGUCUUUGUUUGUGGAUGUUUGUGGGAUGUUAUCAUUUGUCAGCAAUAGACGGCGCGAUUAAUGAUCUUCGAGGGUAGCCAUUGAGGUGGGCGGCCCUUGCAUGAGGAGAAUGUACAAUAAAAAUAGACAUCUUCAUGGAUGGGUUAGGCGUUUGGAAAGGUAUCGAACUAGGGAUGGCCAUGUAACGACACUAAUUAGUGAUGCAUCUGUGAUCAGUAAUCGUGACAGUUCGGCAACACACGAUGAGUAAACGAUCCUGAGACUCCAAGGAAUUGUUGAAU